CGAGCUCUCUCCCAGCCGACGACGUCUCUCCACUCUCCCAAUGCAUCUCCCCCUCCUUGUCUCCAUGUCCUGUUUAUUAUAAUUCCUCUUCGUGGCAGAACACGCGCGUUCCCGUGCGCGUACGAGCCACGGGGCGGUCUCCCCGGGGCUAUAUAUACACAGAACACCGCGGCGAACAGCGCAGUCCCUCCACAGGAAGCUCUACUGGCAGUGUUGUGUGCGUGUGUUGUGUGCGUGUGUGGCCUCGACCCAGUACCUCGACAGCACCUGGCCAGGCCUUCUCUGCUCUACACCGAGGGACGAGUUCGCACUGCACGGCACUGCGCGCUGACUGACGCACUUGGUGGGAUCACUGCAGAAGCGAACUCAGUAGUGCAAGGUUCGGGGCUCGUGGUGCGAUGUCUACACCCAGCAGGGCCUGGAGUCCCGCCGACUCCAAGCCCGAGGAGAAGCAAGGCAUGCGUCUGCUCCGCAAGACAAAGGAGAAUCCCCUCGUGCCGCUCGGGCUGACAGGAUGCGCCGCCGCUGCUGCGUACGGGAUCUACACCCUACGUACUCGGGGUGACAGGAAGAUGUCCGUGCACCUCAUCCACACGCGCGUUGCAGCACAGGGGCUGGUGGUGGGAGCCAUGACGCUCGGGGUGCUGUAUUCGAUGUACAAAGAGUACAUCUUAAAGAUACCAACUGAUGAACAUACCACGAGCAGCAAGUGAAACUCCUUCUCUGGUCAAGAUGCGAAUCCCACUCACGGCAAGCUACUGCUGUCAUCUAGGCUACAUACACUUGUAUAUUAAACCCGCGAUGUUCUAUAACAUUCACAUUGUACAUCUGCGCUUCAACAAGUGGCACGCGUAUAUUAAUACAACUGCAAUGCUGAAUAAAAGUGCUGACUUGCCCAGAAAGUAAUAGGCAAAAGUGCCUUUCACCACGGAAAAAUAAAAUAAAACAACUUUUAAGCCUUUGAGCCUACACACAUUCUGGACCACUGUUUUAUACUUUUGCUUGUCCCGAAGGACUCUAAACAUGAAGAGACAAAAACAUGAUUGUAUUUUUACAUGCUUAUUAAUAUUAUUAUUAGUAUUAGCCUCAAUCCACCAUGAUGGGACUUUUUUUGUUCCUAAAGUGAUGUGUUAACACGAUGUGACAGCCAUCGCAGAUCAGUUGAACACGUAGCAGGCUUUCGCGACCAAUAUCAUCCAUGAUAGAGGUUUUUUUGGGUUAGAUCGCGUAAGAGAGGCCAUCACAGAUGUUGGCCACUGCUAAUCGAGGGCAUCCAUAAAAAGUAUUAUCCAUUCUUAAAACAUUACUAUUAGACAACAGUUUGCAAUGCUCGGCUAAUAUGUUAUGUUAUUCCUAAUUUUUAAAACAUUUUUAAGGAAAAACUUGGGUGAUCUUGAAUAGCACAUAAUAGGAGCAUUCAAAGGAAUCACAGCCGAGGAGUUUGGUCAACACCUGCGACUAUUUUUGGCCCCUAACGUUGAUGACAAUUUGUAUACAGUAAAACAUAUACUACAGGCUCUAAGCCAUAUAUGCAGCAUAAAGCGACUACUCGCGAGGUCAUAUGUAUCCAAGAAAAAGCGUGGAAAUACAUUGCACAGGGCACGAGGCUUCUUAAACUAUUCACACGCAUGCACAUGAAAUGUGCAGAUGGUGCAGAGGAUGCUAACACGUCCAGAGUGGAGUGAGAUUAAUGUCAAGCACAGCAACACUGCAAUACACCGUGGCACUACGUUGCUUGUGUUUUUUAUAAUGGAACUGCUGUUUAUGCUAAUACCGUGUGUAUUUUACAGUGAAUGUAAGGUAAAAAAAAGUUUGCACGUAUGUUAUAUGGUUGAAAAUAAGUUCGUACACAAAUUGUAUAGUAAUCUGCUUGUAUUUUUCGAUUUAAAGCUUUCGUGACUGCAAGGAUUCAUCUUCUUUGGUUCUUUCGGUAAAGUCACGUAGAAUG